AUGGAUAGAAAAGUGCGAGCGGUGAGCAUUUUGCUCGGUGUUUUUGUGUUAUUUUGUAAAGGAGAACAGCUGGUAGCUGCUACAUCUAAUGUAGCAUCGUUCCCGAUCGAAGACAUUGCAGCGGAAGAAGAUACAAUGCGGGUGCUCGCGAAAGCCUUCAACGCGGAUUCUGUAAAUCCUUUCCUGAUUGGUGGUGGACCGGCCGUAGUUGGGGCAUACCCGGCCCAGGUUGCCAUCCAGAUCGGCGUUACAACGUUCUGCGGCGGUACUAUCCUGAACCAGAACCACAUUCUAACGGCCGCUGGCUGUGUGCUGGACGGGAACAAUAAUCUGAUCGCGGCCAAUCAAUUCACGGUACGAGCCGGUGUGCUGACGGUCGACCAAAAUGCACCCGCCCUUGCUGUCCAGCGUGUUUUCCCCCAUCCCCAGUACAACCCGUGGACAUUCGAGAACGACAUUGCGGUGCUGCGGUUGACGAACAACAUCGUGUUUCCGCAGGUUGCCACACCAAACAUGGCACCGGCCGAGCUGAAUCAUCGGAUUGUGCGCGAUGGGGAGAUUUGUCAGGUGCUCGGCUGGAACUGGUUGCCGACCGCACAGAACGUACCGCUGCAGAUGUUGAAUGUCCCAUUUUCGUCUCGUGCGUCCUGUACCAGCCAGCACCAGGGUUUGCUGCGCGACUCGAUGGUAUGCACGGAGCUAACGGUCGCUACACACGGUGUCUGUGCUGCGAACCGUGGCGGUGGUCUCUACUGUAACGAUCUGCUUACCGGUGUCAUCUCGUUCGGGUUCGGAUGUGGUACGAACAAUACGUACACGGUGCAUACGCAGGUCCGGUACUUCCACCACUGGAUACAGCAGCAGUUUGUGCGCACCGAUACCCCUGUGGCUGGUCCGACACCGAUGCCCGGUGUAGUUGGUGGCGGUGGCGAUGCCAGCACCAUCACCCUUUCCCUCGCUACCAUCGCCGUAGCGAUCGUAUCUGCCCUCUUCCUCAGCUAAGCAAGUU